UUUAAAAUAAUUUAAUUAAAAUUACCAAUCAAUACUACAAAUGUCCUGUAUCUCUUUGACCCUCUCUUCUUUUGAUCUCUGAGUUCUCUCUCCUUUUCUUUUUUUUCCUUCUAAUCUGUCUGAUACCAAAUCUUUCCUUGUGCUUGAGAAUGGAAGAAACUGCUGGGAAUGCUGUUUUAGAAGUUGGAAAGUGCUUAAGUGCUCCGAUUGGCCGUCAGUUUAUGUACUUGUACAACUACAAAACCAACUUUCACAAUCUUGAAAAAAAAGCUGGAAAGCUGAAGAGUGCUAGAGAUGAGGUGAAGGCUAAGGUUGUUGCUGCUGAAAAUAAUGUGGAAAAGAUCAAACAGAAUGUUAAGGACUGGCAGGGCGAUGUGGAUUCCAUCAUCGAAGAAACAGACAAGUUGAUUGAAGAGAAAUCAAACAGCCGAUGUUUCAACCUGAUCUCUUGCUACAAAAAUAGCAGGAACGCAUGGAAAAAGAUGAACGCUGUAACUGAACUUCUGCAGGAAAAAGAAACAUUUGCUGAAGUUUCUUUUCCUACCACUCAUGAAGUCAUUUGGCUCACUAACAAAGAUUAUGAGGAAUUUGAAUCAAGAAGUUCAAUUUUAAAUGAUGUGCUGAAGGCAUUAGAUGAUCCUGAGGUUGGAAUUAUUGGGGUUUAUGGAAUGGGUGGAAUUGGUAAAACCACACUGGUCAAAGAAGUUGGUCAACAGGCCAAGAAAAACCAGAUCUUGAAUGAGGUGGUUUUCGUAGAGGUAUCUGAUAAACCAGAUACUAAAAAGAUUCAAGAUGAACUUGCGUAUCAGUUAGGUGUGAAAUUUGAUACAGAGGCUGAACGAGCGAGCAAGUUGUAUGCCAGACUGAAGAAUGAUAAGAAAGUGCUUGUAAUUUUAGAUAAUAUAUGGGAACAAUUAGAUUUGCAGGCUCUCGGUAUUCCUUCUGGAAAAGACACUGGGGGAUGUAAAUUAUUGCUGACAGCAAGAGGUCUUAAUGUAUUAUCGAGCAUGGAUUCUAAGAAUAAUUUCUUGAUGGGUUUCUUAGAGAAAGACGAAGCUUGGAGCUUAUUUAAGAAGAUGGCAGGUGAUGUUGUUGAUCAAACAAAUAAGUUGAAUUCUCUGCCGAAUGACGUAUGCAACGAAUGCCAUGGUUUGCCAAUUGUCAUUACAACCAUAGCAAGAGCAUUAAGAAACAUGAGACACCAAUUUCAAUGGAAAGAUGCCCUACGAGAACUAAGAAAGCCUUCUCCAACAAAGUUUGCAGGCUUGCCAGAAAAAGAAUACACAAAGAUAGCAUUGAGUUACAAUUAUCUAAAACGUGACGAGCUCAAGAAAACUUUGCUAAUUUGUGGCCUAAUGGUAAAUAACACUACCAUUUCAGACUUAUUCAAAUUCAUUAUGGGUUUAAAUAUAUUGGAAGGAGCUAACUUUACAAUGGAAGAAGCACGAAAUAAGUUGGAAAGUCUUGUCUGUGAACUCAAGGAUUCGUGUUUGUUGCUUGAUGGUUCAACCAGUGAACGGUUUGCCAUGCAUGAUGUUAUUCGUUCAGUUGUCAUAACAAUUGCAUAUAAAGAUUAUCAUGUAUUUACAGAGCGAAAUGACAUGGUGAUGGAAUGGUCAGAUAAAGAGCAAUUGAAAAAAUGCACUAAAAUCUCACUAGUUGAUUGUAAUAUGAUUAGUGAGAUUUGGUCUAAAGGUUUGGAUUAUCCAAAACUUGAAUUUUUCAGUACGAAGAUGAAGGGUUUUUUUGAAAUCCCUGAAGAUUUUUUUGUGGGGAUGGGAAACCUCAAUGUUCUAAGUUUCCGCGACCUGAAGGUAUUGUCCUUGCCAACAUCUCUUGCUUUUCUCAUAAAUCUUCAAACAUUAUGUUUGGAUUAUGGGACAUUUUCAGAUAUAACAAUAAUUGGAGAGUUGAGAAAACUAAAGAUUCUUAGCUUGCGAUAUUGUAUGAUUAAACAGUUGGUUGAGGAAAUAAGUAAAUUGACUCAAUUGAGGUUAUUAGAUUUAAAUGGUUGUUGGAAAUUAAAAGUUAUAGUACCAAAUGUUAUAUCAAGCUUAUGCCGAUUGGAAGAAUUGUAUAUGAGUGGAUGCUCUAUUUUGUGGAAGGUUGAAAUACUUGAGGAGUUGAAACAUUUGUCUAAAUUGACAACUUUAGAAAUGGAUAUUUCAGAUGAUCAAAUUUUGCCAAAAGACUUCUUCUCCAAAAAGUUGGAAAGGUACUAUAUAACAAUUGGAAAUAGGGCUACUAAUUUUGGUAGGUCCUUUAUAGGUGGUGAUCAUGGGAAGCACAUGUCUAUUAAAAGCUAUUGGAUAAAUAAGUUUGUCGCUUUAAGAACGUUGAAACUGAAUCUUAAUUCUAUCAUCUGGCAAAAGGAAUUGCAGUGCUUAUCGAAUGUUGAAUUCUUAUGUUUAGAGAAAUUGCAGGGUAUUAAGAAUGAUCUCUUCGAAUUAGAUGAGAAGGGUUUUUCUCAUUUAAAAUAUCUCUAUGUCCAUAAUAAUCCUAACAUCUUGUGCAUUGUUGACUCAACAAAGUGCAUACCUCAUGAUAUCUUUCCACUCCUGGAGGCUUUGAUUAUUUUCAACUUGAUUAACUUGAAAAAGAUAUAUUAUGGUCUACCCUCAACAAAGUCUUUCUACUACUUGAAAUAUAUAGAAGUGAACGGCUGUGAUAAGUUGGAAAAUAUCUUCUCAUUCUCCGAUGCUAGCACAAGCCUUCCACAACUUCAAUUAAUUAAGGUGGAAGAUUGCAAGAAUUUGAUUGAAAUUUUUGCUGUUGAAAGUGAAAAUAGAGCAAACAAGAAUGAGGUAAUUGAUAAGAUUGAAUUUUGUCAAUUACGCUUCUUGACUUUGAUUAAUCUUCCAAGGAUUGCAAGCUUCUACUCAAAUGCAAAUACAAUUUUAACAUCGCAAAAGACACAGAAAGAAUUGACAAUUAAUUUGGAGUCCAGUGAUAUCAAUUCGGAGGAUGAGGAAAUUGAUACUGUCAUACCAUUCUUUAACAAAAAGGCUGUUUUCCCUUGUUUGGAAGAAUUAAACCUUGGAGCAAUUAAUUCUGAGAAGAUUUGGGACAACAAACUUCCAAUAACCUCUUGUUGCUACCAGAAUUUGAAAAGAUUGAUUGUAGAUGGUUGUCGAAAACAAAAAUUUGUGUUUCCACCAUCGAUAAUCGAAAGCUUUAAGCAGCUUCAAUACCUUGAGAUACGCCGUUGUAAGGAAUUGAAGGAGAUUGUUGCCAAAGAAGAAAUAGACGGUACUACUACAUUUAUCUUUCCAAGGUUAGCCUUUUUGAAACUCGAAGAAUUGCCAGAGCUUACAACUUUAUACCAUGGAAAAUACAACUCAAAUUGGCCAAUGUUAAGGGAGUUGAAGAUGCGUGAUUGUAGCAAACUAGACAUAUUUACUUCAAAAUAUAAGGUUGUUUUCCCUAGUUUGGAAGCCUUAAAGCUUGAAGCAUUUAAUUAUGAGAAGAUUUGGGACAACAAACUUCCACCAACCUCUUAUUGUUAUCAGAAUUUGAAAAGAUUGAUUGUGGAUAGGUGUCAAAAACUAAAAUUUGUAUUUCCAUCAUCUAUAAUCAAAAGCUUUGAGCAACUUCAACACCUUGAGAUUAGUUGUUGCAAGGAAUUAAAGGAGAUUAUUGCCAAAGAAGAAACAGAGGGUACUACUACAUUUACUUUUCCAAGGGUAGCCUUUCUGAAACUCAAAGAAUUGCCAGAGCUUACAACUUUUUACCAUGGUAAACACAACUCAAAUUGGCCUGUGUUAAAGGAGUUGGAGGUGCAUGAUUGUAACAUACUAGACAUAUUUACUUCAGAACAUAAGAUUAACCUCAAUUUGAAGAAAUUAACCCUAAGCAGAGUGGAUGACAUGAUAACAUUGUCGCAUCAGUUUCCAGAAAACUUUGGUAGAUGUACAAUUGAGAUCAAACAGGAUAAAUCUACCAAUAUUUCAGUUGGCAUCCUUCAGAGAUCGGUUAAGCUGGAAAACCUCAUGCUGAGUGACUGUUCAUAUGAAGAGAUAUUUACAUGUGGAGAGGAUGAGAAACAUACAAAAAUCUUGAUGCACAUAAAAAGUUUGGAGUUGAGUAAUCUUUCUGAUGCAAAGUACCUUUGGGGAAAAGGCUCCAAACUAGACUCUCUUCUUCAAAAUCUUGAGGUUCUAAAAGUAGAUAAUUGCGAUAGAAUGAUAAAUGUUCUGCCAUCCUCAGCAUCUUUUGAGAAUCUAACAGUUUUGAAUGUAGAUUCGUGUUAUGGAUUGAUGAACUUACUCACACCUUCAAUGGCAAAAAUAUUGGUGCAGUUGAGAGAAAUGAAAAUUGAAAGUUGCAGAAUGAUGACAGAAAUAGUAUCAAAUAAGACAGAAGAUGUAGCAGCAGAAGAUGAAAUUGUUUUUGGCAAACUGAAGUUGUUGUCACUUGGAGAGUUAAAAAGUCUCACAUGCUUCUGCUCUGGGAGUUAUGCAUUGAAAUUCCCAUGUUUGGAAGAACUGACUGUAGAUGGUUGUCCUGGGAUGAAGACUUUCUUUGCAGGAAACUUAUACACACCAAGUUUACAGAAAGUUCAAGAACAUUGGAGGGAUAAAGACAAAUGGAGUUGGAACGGUAACCUAAAUGCCACCAUACAACAACUGUACAAAAAAGAGGUUAACUCCAAGUCAGAGAAAUUGAUACUAAGUGGAAAAGACGUCACACUUAUAUGGGAAGAACAGCUUUCAGAACAUCAAUUUUCCAAAGUAAAAAUUCUUAAGAUCAUUAAGGAUGAAUCAUCUAACAUUCCAAUUGGAAUUCUUCAGAGAUUUAACAAUCUCAAAAAACUUGUACUACAAUCAAGUUCAUAUAAGGAGAUAUUCUCCUGUGAAAAAGAUGAGAAAGAUGUAAGCAUGCUCACACAAAUAAAGGAACUAAAGUUAUGCGGGCUUUUCAAUUUGGAGUACAUGUGGAAAGAAAAAUCUCAUCUGGACACAAUUCUUCAAAAUCUUGAAAUGUUAGAUGUAAAUUUUUGCCACAAUUUGAUUAGUAUAGUGCCGUCUUCAGCAACUUUUGAAAAUCUCAUAACUCUAGAAGUAUGGUACUGUGAUGGAUUGAUAAAUUUAGUAUCAUCUUCAACAGCCAAAAGUUUGGUGCGACUCGAAAAACUGAAAUUGUCACAAUGUAAAAUGAUGACAGAAGUAGUAUCAAGUGAGGGGGGUACAAAAGCCGAGGAAAUUGUUUUUGACAAAUUAAAGCUGUUGUCACUUUGUAAUUUAAAAAAUCUCGCAAGCUUCUGUGCUGGCAAUUACGUCUUCAAAUUUCCAGCUUUGGAAGAAUUGAUAGUUAGGGAAUGCCACAAUAUGAAGACUUUCUUUGAAGGAGUCUUAAGUGUACCAAGUUUACGAGAAGUAAAACAGGGUUUGUAUGAUGAAUUAGGAUGCUGGGAGGGUGACCUUAAUACUACUAUUCAAUUUCUACACAGAAAAAAGUGAAUAUUCAGAGUUCUGAAAGGAUACAGAGCUAACUCCAAUGAAAUCUCUUGAAUAAGACUCUUUUGUUUGUGGUUUGUGAGGCAUUAUUGCUGCUCAAGUUUCCGGUGUUGAGGUCAGACACGGGAGGCCUUUUGUUUCCAUCUUUAUUGUUCUGCUUCUGCUUUUUCAGUUUGCCUAUUGUGGUUCUUCGCAUUUAUAAUGUAAUAUGAAUUAUGUGUCUACAUGAAUGAAUGUCUAAAUUAUGAAAUUUGAGUCCUGAAUGGUAUGAUGAUUCUGUUUGGUGAUAUUGUUUUUGUCAAUAGUUGUUAACAACAGACUAGAUGUUAACAGGACAUAUGACUCUCGAAAGGACAUAAGCAGUGGACUAGAUGUUAACAACAGACUCACAAAAGUUUUUAUAAUGUGUUUUCAUUGUUGCAAAAGUUGUUGAGCAUGUGGUUUCCAGAUUUCAUAAUGUUCUUUAUAGCUUAUAAAUAAUUAAUUCUUUUUCACACGCAAGAGAUAUAUAUAAAAACAUAGAAUUUAAAUUUUAUAAGCUAUUCGUCAGUUUGAAACAGUUUUCUGAAUUUGACAAAUUGACGGUUGGCCUUUCUGGUUUUAUUACAUGUACUGCCAAGCAGAGUUUCAAAUUAUAUCAUUAGAUCCAUCGAAGUGUAAACUUCAGCUUGUUUCAUAAACCUUUCCCUAUUGCAAGCUCAGAUUUAAAAGGGUGUGGUAGUGGGUACAAAAAAGCCUGAGAUCACCUUGUUGAAUCUUGGGUCCUCUCAAGUCUUUUUAUUGUUCUUCUGCAAAAAUUGGUAACAUAUAUCUGGUAUCGAACUUAUUUCUUGCUUUUGUUUUAUUUAUGAAGAAAUUCUGGAAUCAUCCUUUCUGUCGCAAAGCUCUCGCCUGCAAAAAUACUGCAAGUUUCCUUGCGUUGAUUUAUUGGAACUUGCAAAGCUUCUGGUUCCAGGUGUUCUGCUCCAGAAUAGAUUGUGGAUCCUCUGUUUCCUUGGUUCCCUGUAUUGUCCUGUCUUUCCAGAACCAACCUCUGCAAUUGCUUACCUGCUGUGCUUGUCAUGGGAUUACAGCUGCUGUAGGAUCCAAAUUAUAUAUGUUACCAAUUUGGAUCCAAUCCCAGAUUUUUUCUACUUCUAUGCCCAGAUUUUCUGUCCUACGCUCCUGCUUUCUCUGGUCGACUGUAGCAGCUCAACGUUUCUGCUUCCUGGUUUUCACUGCAAUAGAAUCCUGCCUUCCUUCUAAUGCAGUCUGUUCCAGAUUUUAUUCUUCUCCAGUGCUGCAGUCUGUUUGACUGAAUUUAUUCUUCUACUGGCUUCCUUCUACUGGUUGCUGGGUUCUGCUAUGGAGAUUUAUUUUUGCUGUGUUCCUCUUGAGCUGUUUUUUACUGGAGCUGAAGUCUGCACAGGAAAGCUGUCUGUGCAGUUCUCGGAAGAAGCAAGCACUACCGGUCUGCCUGCUACUUUGCCUUUCCUGAUUGUGCAGCAGUGCAGCCAUUUGGGCGAAAUCCUGCCAAUGCCCAAGCUGCCCAGGAAUAGCAGCAUUGGUCACCUCAUCCUUGCAGUCCUAGUUUUUUUUCCCAGGUGCAACAAUUAUGCUCGUUUCUUCUUGUUUGUUGUUACUGUUGUAUUAACUGAUUAUAAAUUUAUGAUCCAAGUUUCUUCUUGGGAAUACUGCUGGAUUACUUGAAUUUCUUUUCUAUUCAUGUAUAUAUAUCUACAAGAGCCAUUUGAUAGUGCAUUCAAAAAUCUUGUGCCCUU